AUGGAUCAACACGAUAGUGACAUAAGUGGUAAACUUGACAAGUCAGGUCAUUCCAAUGACGAUAAAGUAGUUCAUGAUAAUACCAAUAACAUGGAUAAAGAUACUCAAAGUUUUAGGUAUAGUGCUGUCAGUUUUUCCUCAUUUGAUUCGACACAUACAUCUGAUAGACUAUUAGAUAAACUAGAUCUAUCCAUCGAAGAAGAGGAUUUUUUACAAAAAGCUUUAAAAGAACAACAAGAGCAGGAAGAUCAGAACAUGCACGACAACAAUGAUGUUGAGAAUCUAAUAAUAGACCCCAAUUCAUCUUUUGCAUCACAGACUAGCAUAACCUCGCAAAAACCGAGGGUAUGUCUACCUGCGAUUGGUUUCCCAUCUUUAAGAAACACUUUAGUCCUCCCUAAUAGUGGUAUUUCCUCUUCUUCUUCUACCACCAUCAGUACCAAUACAAGAUCUCAGAGCAAUAGUAGUUUUGAUAAUUAUAUUAAAAAUAAAGAUACUUUAAUUAUUAAUGAUGAUUUUAAAUUACCUUCCUCAGUUACUAAAAAAAUAUCAUUAGAUGUUGGUAGAAAACAAGAUAUACUAAACACUCCUGUGCUACAACGGCAUCUGCAACCUAUUGGUUUUCAUGUUAACCAUCAUAGUCUCGGUGCUAUCAAGAUAGGCUCUUAUAAUAACAUCGAUAUCAAUAAAAAUGGCCCUAAUGACUCCGGUACUCAUGAUUACAAUUAUGAUAUAGAUAGUAGGAGCAGAAGCACAGGUAAUUUGGUAGCGCAACAAUACCAUUGUCCACGGCAUGAACAACAGGAUAUAUAUGUCACUGGAAACAAAGAUAUUAUUAAUACUGACAAUUUUAUUUAUAGAAGUAUAGAAGGAAGCCCUUUAAAAUAUCAUGAAGGCAGGAUGGGUAAGAGUGAUAACAAAAAUACAACGAAGCAUUGUAAGAACAAAAAUGCUGAUAAUGAUAUUGAGUUAUAUGCUGAGGACAAUGAUACUAAUUUCCAAGGGACCGGUGAUAUUGACGGUAACAACAAUAAUUAUUCAAGAUAUAUUCUAAGAACACCUUUGAAAAAUAGCAUUGUACAGCAAUAUUUCCCACAAGGGCGAUAUUCCUAUUUAGUGGAAGAAGAAUCAAUUUAUUCUGAUGUAAUAAAUCCAUCAGAUGAGGAAGAUGGUGAUAGUAAAGCUGAGGAAGAUGGUGAUAGUAAAGCUGAGGAAGAAAUUGUGAACUGCAUUGCUAUCAAUGGUGGAAAUAUUGCUAAAGAAAAUAGUACUGCGACUCGCUUUGAGUUUCCCUCUCAUAAAGACAAUAAUGUUUUUAAAGAUGAUUCUAUGGAACAUGAAAAAGUUGUGACAAAACCAUUUUUUUCUGCUUUUAGGACACCAACCCAUACACCUAAAGCAAGCCUAUCUUCCACUUAUACGAUUACUAACCAUAGCAAUACUAAUAUGAAUGCAAUCAAUAAGGAGUUUAACAGAGACAAUUCCAGGGACAAUAUUCCACUUACGGCCACUGGAGCAACAGAUAACUAUACGGCCAGAAAUUACUUGAUAAGAACGAAUUCAUUAGGAAACAUUAAGUCACAUCCAUAUACAAAGAUUGCAAAAUCACCCGGUCAUUUUCCCAUUGUUACCGAUGCCGCCGAUACUUCUUCACAUGGAAAACAUGAUGACAUCUAUGUUUCUGGGACCACUACUAAUAAUGAUGGUCAUGCUAUUUUAAAGGAUGGAGCACUAUCAGGCAACACUACAUGCAAUAACAAUAUUGAUCCCGACAAAACACCUAAUUCUUGUAAAUCAACGGUGUUAUAUACAGCUACUACUACUCCUACUGUUACCAUUAAAAAAUAUAAUUAUGCAUCAAGUCCAAUAAAUAAGAUAAAAAGUUGUGGUAGCUUUAAGAAUACAGAGUCAGAAAGCCAGAAAUCAUUUUAUGAAACUAGUAAUAAUAAUGUUAGCACCCUAAGUACAGCCAGUACCAGCAUGACUUCUUUUUCUAGUACUAUUAAUGCUGUCAAAAAUAACACUACAGAUACAUGCGAUGAAAAAGGUUACAAAACAGAACAUAAAAAGAAAUCAUCUUUUUCAUUAAGGAAUUUUUUCAAAUCUCCAAAAGUACAUCACAACAAUAACAACAACAACAACACUUUUCGUCCUCCCCCCUUGCACCAACAUGUCAACAGUGCUACUUUAACUAUUGAUUUACCGCUUUCAGGUACGAAUGUGGACGAUGAUGGUGUUAAUAAUAAUAACAACAACAACAACAACAACAACAAUAAUAAUAAGGUGCCUUAUACCUCUCCAACCAGGAAAAAAAAUAACAAAAGUAGCAGGAAUUACGGCAUUCCAAGAAAUAACAGUAUUAUUUCAACGAGCCCAACUUUUAAAAAUGACAAUAUGAUAAACGUUACUCAAAACAGGAAAAAGAAAACUGAUGUUAACACCGUUUCUAAUACCAACAAAGUCUCAGUUUCAAAUAAUUAUAUACAACUGGCCAUAGAGUUGAAAAAUAAAGGGAAGUUUAUAGAAUCUACAAAUAAUUUGUAUUUGGCUUGCGAAAUGGGUGAUCCUACUGCAUAUUUAUUAUACGGUGUAGCUCUAAGAACAGGAAUAGGUAUUGACCAUGAUAACGCAAAAGCAUUGAAAUUUUUUCAACAGGCUUGUGAUAUUUAUAAUGCGAAGGACGAAUAUACCAAAGUAUUGGCUUGUAACAUCGACCCAUUUAAAAUAUUAGAAAAUGCUAAAGCAGGGAGAGAUGUUCGUAACAAUACACAAGAACCAACGGCACCCGCUUUGUAUGAAUGCGGUAUGCUUUAUUUAAACAACAACACAGCAAAUAGGUGUGGCGUUCAUAGCAGUAGCGAUAACGAUAUACAAAAGGUUGUUAAAAAAGAUGAGUUGAAGGCUAUAAAAUAUUUUGAGCUUGCUGCAUCUUUAGGAAGUAUAGAAAGUAUAUGUAUCAGUGGUAAUUUUUGGUGUAAGAAGAGUAAAAAUUAUGAGAGGGAUUUUUAUAGAGCGGCUGCGUGGUUUAGAUAUGCUGCAUUUAAGGGUGUAAAAUUGACUGGUUCAGAUUGGAUUUAUAAAAAGAAAUAUUUGAAGCGUUCUUCUUCUUCUUAA